UGGAGCUGGCGGUUCCGUUGGUCUUGGUGUGAACGUAGGACUGUGCGUACUGAGCAUGACCACACAGGUGACACUCACCCCUUGGGUUGGAGGCAAGGUGUGGGGUGAUGCCGCUAUCGAUAUAGGCUUUGCAAGAGGUGGAAUUAGAUUGAUCGGCUAUCUACUGGAAACCAAAUUUCCUAUGACAACUGAGCUCGUGUUUUCUAAAUAUCCAAUAGAUGUUGGGGCUAAGAUGGAUCUGGUGCUCACACCGUUGCGACUUGAACUUAAGGCAUUUGCAGAACUAUUCAUUUUGUCUAAAACUAUCAAAAUCUUCGAAGGAACAAUAUGGAAAUACCAAGUCCCUACCAUUCACAAGAAUAUUUUUACGAAGAAGAAGCGAGACGACGACCCAUCACCACCUGACGUUUUGCCAGCCACGAUCAACGAGAGAAGGCGUCGUGCCGGUCCCGAAGGCUGUAUAGUUAACCAAGUGUAUAACCGUGCCUACUAUGACACCGCCUUUACACUGGAAAUGUUCGCUCAAGACGAAGUGUCGGAGGUGAAACUUACCUACGCGAUUGGCACACAUAAAGGGGGAACCAACGUUCAAGCCUGGACAGAAAUGGGUGGCAAUACCCUUCUGGUUCCCGCAAAAUUACCAAGUGGUGUACCUCUGCAUUGGACUGUAAGCGCAACUAAUACGCAAGGACUGUCGUCCACUGUGCAGUGCUCUCUGAAUACAUAUGACAGCACAUUGCCAGACGGCAGAGUGGAGCACCCAUAUAAGUAUUCAUCACAUCCUUCAAAACUAGUUGCGUUUAUCAUCGUCGCUGAAGACAGUCCCCUGAAGGAGAUGAAUUACAAGGCUGUUGGAUACAGCCCAGGUCAAUACGGCAACCAGUUUGUUAGAUGGGAAAAAACACGACUUGACCUAUCUCCACUAAGACAAGGUGUGGCCGGAGCAUUGCAGCACUUCACGACCCCGAUGGAUGGCAAGCUGAUAGCUAACGUCCUAAAAACAGCGAAGCCAUUACGAUUCCCGGAUUUAUGCGCAGAAGAAUGCAUGAAUCACGGAUCAAACUGCGUGUCAUUUAGCUAUGAAUACCACUCGGAGACAUGUGAUUUGCACGAUCAGGUGGCCGGUGCAAAUGCCUAUUUACGCAUUAGCGGAACAUACAAAAACUAUGAACGAUUGGGUAUCGGUUAUCACACCUCUGUGGAAUAUGACAAUUUAACACUUACUCAUGGUACUCAGUAUUUCGUCAACGCAAAGGUAACUAACGUCCUGGGGUACGUUGACCAUUUAAUAGGCGAAGGCACAAUGGUGGACUUCACACCUCCAGAACCAGGAUUGAUCCUGAAUAAUCAGUCUGACUUUCUUCGUGCUGACCAAUGUAAUGCUUCUGUUUCACAAAGAUGCCUUGAAGUAACACCUCAAGAAAACCACAGGAUAAUCAUCGAUGGACCGGACUCUGGAACCGUCUUCAAUGGUCACCAACCAGUUCAAGACGAGCUGUACACGUUAAAAAACCACUAUGUGUCCGCCAACUGGAAAGGUUUUCACGACGACGAGAGCGGUAUAUAUGCGUACACUUGGGCUGUCGGAAAGAGUGUCUGCAGCUCGGAUGUUGUCCCUUUUACAAAUCCGUACGCCCAUUUGACGAAUCCGAAGUUCUGGACCGACUCCGCUUUUCAAAAAGGCAUCCAUCUGCCUGACGGUCCGUAUUUUGUCACGGUGCAGGCAUUAAAUGGAGCAGAAUUAGGCGGUUCAUUGGUGACUACGGUUUGUCAUUCCACUCCGUUCGUCGUAGACACUUCGCUGCCGGUGUUUCACAAAGUAACGGACAUCAUUUAUGAUGAAGACUUUGACCUCAUCGCGAUAUACUACAAUGCUACCGACGACUUGAGUAAAAUCGCCCAUGCUGAAUUCGGCUUGGGCAAAACUAAAUAUGAUGUACAACUGAAGGCGUAUGGAUUGCAUGCGCCUAUCGAACGUGAGGAUCCGUUUGUAGCUGUGAAAGAUCUGGGUCUUCAAGAAGGAAUUCCGGCGUGGAUUCGUAUCCGCGUCACAAAUAAUGUGGAUCUGUUUACUGCGGGUCACGGGGAUGAGCCGAUACUAAUCGACAGAUCUCCGCCGAUACCGGGGGGCGUUAUGGACGGAAACAGGCUUCGAAGAGACAGGCAGUUCCAGGCGGACGACCAUAAGAUAUGCGCGCAAUGGAUAGAUUUCUUUGACCCUGAAUCUGGCAUCGACAGAUUUUUGUGGGGUGUCGGGACUGCGCCUCAACUGGACGAUAUUGUCAAAUUCCACAACCUGACCCGCCAUGAGAAAUCCAGCUGCGUCCCAGCAACUUUGAAGCACAACAGCACUUACUUCUCGACUGUUCUUGCCUUCAACAGCGCGUUGAAUUCCAAGCCAUGCAACAGCUCUUCGGAUGGAGUUCUUGUCGACACUACACCUCCUAUAGUUGGGAUUGUGCUUGACGGAAUACGGAAUGCAACUGAAUUGAAAUACACCUCAGAAACCGUGUCUAAGCACGCAAACUGGCGGGAUUAUUACGACCCCGAGAGUGGAAUAGCAAACUACAAAGUUGAUGUCUACAUUAACAACGAAAAGAAAAAGACUUUUGAAACAGGGACGUUGAGUGAGUUCGAAGAUCACACAAUUUCCAUGGAGCAUAAAGACGAGGUUUACUUCGAGGUUCACGGAGUAAAUGGGGCUGAAUUAGAAGCAGCAGCCAGAUCCGAUAGCUUUAUAGUGGACCAUACUCCUCCAAUUAUGACUGAAAUUUCUGACAAUAAGGAUGGUAACAGAUACCAAGCGGACAAAUCGAAGUUAAGCCUUAAGUGGGAUUUCUUUGACAGCGAAUCCGGCAUAGGAAAGUAUAGAACGGUGAUAUACGAAAGCCGCCACGGUAUCAAGCAGAAACACUGGCCUGCGAGUGAACGAUAUAAUGAAACGAAACCUAUGAGUACGGUCAAUGAUAAAAUGGACAGCACACUCGGUAACUUAAAUAUGGAAGAUGGAGUGACAUAUUCUCUGCACGUGACAGCAUUCGAUGGAGCUCUUUUAGCCACAGCGCAUGAAAGCACAGGAGUUUUGAUUGAUACAACACCACCGAGUACACCUAAGGUAAAGGUCGGACUGCCAACAGAAGACGAGGAAGUGGAUCAAGGCCAAGUGUUACACAAUGAUCCGUAUGGUAUUCGACUCAGUUGGUCUUCUAGGGAUUCUGAGAGUGGAAUCUCAAAAUAUGAGGUCGCCAUAGGAACAAAUGACAACAAAGAGAAAAUUCUUCCGUUCACGGAUUACGGCACGGACACUACCGCGUAUAUUUCUAAUAUUUUUCUGGAACCAUACACUAACGCUAGCACUAACGCUAGCACGUUGUAUGUCGUUACCGUAAAGGCAUCUAAUGGUGCAGAACUGGUUUCAGAUAUGGGUGUGUCUAAAGAAAUAAAAGUACAAAGGGCGAAUAUCCCAGGUGUUGUCUUUGACGGCAGGAGCCUUUUUGAAGAUGAAUCUUUUACAACAGAUCACACUUCAAUCGCAGCCUCGUUCUACGGGUUUGAGAGUGAAAGUUGUGACAUAAUUAACUAUGACUGGGCAAUCGGAACGACAGAGUUUGGAACCGACAUUCUUACAUACACGAACUAUGGUCUUGUCAUGUUGAAUGAUACACACGGACAAUGUCAAAUCCAUACAGAGUUGUUUGAGGACGUUACUUAUUACAUAACAGUUCGCGCAGUGACAGGGUGUCACGAGGAAUAUAUCGUCUCCUCAUCAGAUGGAAUCACACUUGACAGAGUUGCUCCGAAAGCUAUAUUCAGAGUUGAAACCUCGAAUGAUACGAUUGUUUACAUUCAAGAUAAUGUUAUUUAUCAGUCAGUAACAGAUUCCAUAGCUAUCGUAGGCAAUAUUUCUGAUAAUCAUGAAAUUCAAUCUUUAGAAUGGGGUCUUGGGUCGCUUCCUAGUUUAGCGGACAUUAGACAAUUCACGCAUGAUUUGACAUCGUUGACUAGCGUCGCAUCCUUAGUUCCCGGUGAUUCGGUCUUCGUGACAUUAAACGCAGUUGAUAAGGCCGGUAACCACAAACUUGAGUCAUCAUUCGCUGUGAUUGCAGAUACAACUGCCCCUGAAAUGAUCGAUCUUGAAUGUACGCAAUUUAUAUCCGUGCGAAAAAGUAUCAUUACCUGCAGCUGGUCGACAAUUGUUGAAAACGAAAGCAUUUUAAAAGCAACCACAAUAUCAAUGGGAUCCACACAAGCUGAUUUCGACAUUUUAGACAGUUUUGUUGUUCACAGAAACACCUACAGCUUUACCCGAGACCUUUAUAACCAUAUCAGUCAGUUUAGAAACACCACAUUCAUGUUUAUAACCGUAACCGUUUGGAAUGUUGUCGGACAUAAAACUAUUUAUGGGAGAGAAGUCAUUGUAGACAGAACAGCCCCAUUAGCCGAUCGUCUUGAUGUUUUGACAAGUACUUCACAAGGAACACCAGUUGAACGCAAUCAGAAAUGUCAAUUACCAAGAGGAUAUGUUGAAGUGAAGUUGAUAAACGUUGUUGAUGAGGAGACACCCAUUGACGUUAAUAGGUAUGAGAUCGCUCUUGGAAGCAAACCUUUGGGAACUGACUAUUUAGAAUAUCACCCAGUCGUUGCUAAAAGCGAUGGAAUAUUCUUUGUGAAUGGCUUUAGACUGAAUCAAGGCGAUUUGUUUUUUGUCACAAUGAGAAUUUACAACAAAGCCGGCUUAAGUAGUGAAUUUUCUUCGGAUAGCGUCGUUGUCAGUCAGACACCGUUCUUAGAAGUCAAAGACGGAACCGGUGAACAAGAUAUAGACUUCCAGUCGACUCCCAACCUCAUUCAAGGCUCUUGGAAAUAUUCGGACGCAUGUCCUAUUGGAGAGGCGAAAUGGAAAAUAGAAAGUCUUGCCGGAAACAUAUUGUUUGAUUUCCAACCCAUUCCGAAUGCCGGACAAAUGUUUUAUAAUGAUGAGGUUCAACUUGAAAACGGAAUGAAAUAUAUUGUAACGGUUCAAACCAUUGACUUCCUCGAUCGAGUUAAAACAGCCAGAUCAGAUGGUGUAACGGUUCGUAUUCAGCCGCCUUUCCCGGGUUUAGUAAGAGAUGGGAUUGAUAAGGACCUCACGUAUCAGUUCAGUACAACUGAAUUUUCGGCCAACUGGGAUAACUUCGGAGAUAAGUCUAGCGAUCCGACCCAGUCAAUUCAUCACUAUGAAGUCGCAAUUGGAAACGACCGAAGAUACGAGAAAACGAGAUCAAACGUGCAUUACUUUGUAGAUGUUGGACUCAACACUUCGUACACAUUUUCACAUUUAAAUCUGACAUCGAAGCUGGCUCGGUAUUAUGUAACGGUUAGGGCAUACAGCAUGGCAGGUGGCAUUACAGAAGGGUAUUCGAAUGGUAUUCGAGUUGGAUAUAACGAUGACAUAAUUCCAGGAUCCGUUUCCGUAAAUAAGUAUCAGUUCUCUGUUGAUUCGAUGGCAAUAUCAUGGAACGGUUUUCAAUCGGAUAUCGACAUCAUUGAUUACAAGGUUGCCAUUAGCAGUCAUGAAGAUAUCAUUACCAACGACACUGUUGUUUGCAACAUAAUUACAGCCAACAAAACCAUGUACGAUAUUUCCCCAUUGCGAAGCGUUGGCCUGGACGAGUAUAGCAAGCUAUUGGGACUUACACUUUUUCACAACAGUAAAUACUAUGUGACGGUUGUGGCUGAAGACGAAGCUGGGAUGUGCACAGGGAUCACGAGUGAUUGGGUCCUGGUCGAUACAACAUCUCCAGAGUUCGGCAAACUUUACAUCAACGACAUAGAAAGUUCGACUGUAAUAUAUGUUCGAAAGCCAUCUGAGAUGCAAAUAGAGUGGGAAAUGCAUGAUCAUGAAUCAGGAAUAAAUAACGUUCUUGUUCAACUAUUUGAAUGUAGUUCUUGCAUGUCUAAGGGAGUUACAAGUGAAAACUGUUACUUGGUUGAUAAAACUAGUGUAAAGAAUGAUACAAAGACGGCGUUUUAUGAACUACAAAUGAGCCCACAAAAUGCAUAUUACGUCACAGUGGAGGUAACAAACGAGGCGAAUCUAGUGACUCGAGUACAAAGUCCAUCAAAUUUAGUCGAUACAACACCACCUUUGAUCGGCGAGUUAAAAAUAACGGAUGACUGGCAUGAUGUUGAAACAUUUCAGCAUUCGACAGACAGGCUUUCAGGGAUGCUGCCAAUCGCUUUAACAGCAACAGACUACCUGUGCCCAAGCCAAAUACUGUAUUUCCCUGUAAGUAGCGACAUUAGAAUGAAACAAGUUAUGGAUAAGUAUGACAACGAGUUUCUUGUUGUGAAUAACACGGGUGCAUAUCUUGGAAUCGGCUAUAAUUCCGAUUUAACAGACAUCACGAAGUCAGGGGUGAUAUCAGAAUCAAUGAAUCUACAAAAUGGUAAUUAUUCGUUUAAUGUACGAGUAGCGAAAGGAUACCAAACUAUCACAACCGUAGCUAUAGUAACAGACCAAAUUGUUAUCCCGUUUGUCAUCGAUAAUAAACCAGAAGAGGUGGAAUUUGACUACAGUAAAUUUGAAAAUGUCACUGGUUUAGAAGCAGGCAACUCAACGCAGGAUGAUUACACAAACAUAACAACUACGACUGCAGUGCCAAACGUAUCUUCAAUGCCAAACAAUUCUACUAACGGUUCAAAAUCUGAUCUAGAAAGCCAGGAGUAUGGAAUAGGAAUUCAUUUAUUGGGGUAUAAGAUUGGAAACAAUAAGUAUUAUCAUCACGUAUUUUGGGCCAAGAGCAAAUAUACUUCCUCUCUGAGGUGGUUUCAGACCGACAAAGAUCUGAAUUCAGAACAAAGCUUCAUAUUAAGGGUCGCAAAGAAAUCUGAAUAUCUUGACAACAUAGUUGAUGUCACCUUAAUUGUUGGAGGAGAAGAAGUGGUGUCUAUUUCUGGUUUCAAGUUUACUGGGGCCGUUAAACUUGCUGCGUUAACAUGGAACGAAGAAAACUUUAAACCUCCGUUAGAAGACAUCUACAGGCCAUUUUACUCAGACGCAGUAUUGAGUUCAAUAUAUGUCCCUGAUAUGCAUGAUAAACUUUGUCGGCACGGACGCGGUUUCUUUGAUGGUGAAAGCGGCAUCAAGGAAUUAUGGAUUGGGGCUUCUGAUAACGAUGUCUUGCCAGGCAAUAUUCGUGCAUUGGAAUUGUAUAAAACCUUCUGCUUUCCUUGCUUAAAACCCUGUGACACUCUGUGCAACGAGACGUGUACUGCUGAAAAAUUGCUGGAUGGAUUCAACAUGAUCAACAUUGAACUUACAAAUGUCCACCUUGAAUCAUCUGAAAACUCGACAGAAUGUGCCAAUAUCACAAGUGAUAAAAAAUGUAACAGUACUGCGUAUUACCUUAACGCAAAACUAGUUAAUUUUGCAGGUGAAGAAACACUUGUAUUUUCAAAUGGAAUCCAAAUCGAUAUAUCGCCACCUUAUUGUGAAUAUGUAAAAUGCACAUCUCCGGAAUACAGCGAAGAUCAGCCAACCAAUUUUACCGGCUCCAGCUCUAUUAUUGGUGCUUACUGGAACUGCACGGAAAAGACAAGCCAGAUCGUUAAAUUUACUGUCCAGAUCAUAAACAAGGAAAGCGGCGCAGUCGUUAUGGAUAAUGUGGACGUCGGAUUAAAGAGCAAGGCGACAUUCAAUCUGGACAAUGGUACCUUUCAACACGAGAAACAUUACGACGUAAGAGUAUAUGCUUUGAACAGCGCAGGUUUGACGUCUAUUGCUUCUUGUUCAGUGCAAGUGAUACUUUUCCCACCAGACGUUUCCAAGGUAAUUUCUGGUCCUUUGUAUACCAAUCGAACAAAUACAGCAGAUGACCAGGAACCUUACUGGACCGAAUCGCAGUCACAGAUCGGCAUUCAGUGGCAAGGUGGAACCCCUGAUAUUGAAUUCUAUGAAUGGCGUGUCGGCACUCAAUCUGACGGGGACGAUCUUUUCCCGCCAUCGAAAGUGGGGGUCAACACAACAGGGUCUUUCGCUAUCGUCCAUGGAAAGGUUCACUAUAACGACAAAUAUAUCAACCGAACUGUGUCUGAAUACAGAGAUAUACUGAACAUGUCGACUAAAGAACGCAAUAACUUAACUUCUGCAAGCGAGGCGGCGAAGUCGUUCUAUCAGAUGGAACCAGGUCGUUGCGUGCACCAGUCACUGUACGCGAUAGGCUUGUCGCAUUUGAAAAGUAACAUAAAAAAGGAGACAGUGUGCAUUAAGCGUGCGGGGGAUGUAAAUCUUAAGAUGAAUGCGGGUGCCUCCACGCUGCGGGCAUUGCGACCUGUCGGAUCGGUCAACUGGAUGGAAACAAAUGACGCAAUCGCCGCAGACAUAGUCGUCGAAUCUGAAUUGACCACGGGCGGCAUAACUUUGGGGACAGUGACGAAGCAGGACAUACAGGAAACAUACGGCAGCGCCGCCACGUCCGAGUAUAGACCGUUCAUUUCCAACGUUGAAACAACGCAGAAAAAAACUUCUAGGCUAUUGCGAAAUAGGAUACAUCACCUCUGUGACGUCAAUUUCUUUCUCUCCCCGGCACCACGUGCUGAAGCCUCACGUGUCACCAUCCACGUGACAGUUGGGCCUGGAUGUGAGAAGGAUCCCGUGUAUCAACCCGCUCUUGUCUUCUGGGACACCGAGAAAGAGGUCUGGGUUCACAUUGACGAAGGGUGUAAUGAAAUAUUGUCUGCAAAUUUCUCCAGUGGAGUCUAUUCAUCAAUGAUAUGCCCAGAUUUCAACAACGCAGUGAGAAAAAAGAGAGACGCCUCAAUCGAACUAGAAUCACCCACGCAUUACAGUUUGGUGAAAAUCGGAAAAACGUUUAUCAAUUACCCCCCAAAAAUUGUUUCAAAGACCUUGGAUAUUACGGAAGACGUUAUUGCUGACUUUACCCUAGAAACAGAGGAUCCAGAGGAUGACACAUUGGUUUACAAUAUCGUUGAUGAGCCAGAAAACCUCCAGUGUAACAUCACCUCCGACGGUAAUCUCCGGUGUAAGGCGAUUGAAGACGAUUUCUACGGCGAAGAUGAUGUCACUGUUGAGGUCACUGAGACAGAUUUGCCAGCGUUUGAACAACCAAUGUCGCAUACAAAACAAUUAAAACUUGUCAUUCACGGAACUCCUGAUAAAACUGAGCGAUUCUUUUUUGAUUCCAAUGAAACCUUUUACGCUGAGAAACGGCCCUCUUUUCGGCACACCAUUUUAGUGAACGCUAACAGGUCUUCCACCCACUACGCCGGACGAAUUGUUCUCGCAGAUGUCGACGGGGGCGAGAUAUUUUUUCCUUUUCCAAGAUUUAGCGCUCUCGGGGACGCCGCUUUUUCUCUGAAGAGGUUAACUAACACAUCGAAUAUCCCGCUGGCCAAUUACACGACUAGGCGCUACAGAAGCGUGCAAGCUUAUGACAUUGAGUUUGAAUACUCUCCAGACCUACAGGGUAACAUGACGCUGGAUUUCAUCGCCCGGAACGCUGAUGACAUCUACACGCCUGGUGUCACUAUCGAUGUAUAUGUAAUGGAGAACCCCUGCAUUCAUGGUCAGUGCCACCAUCCCAUUCUGGGAUAUGACGCAUGUGAAGAUCCGGCCAGAUCGCGGUCAUUCAGUGGCUUUGAGUGCGUCUGUGAACCUGGCUAUAUCGGCGACUGGUGUCAGAUAGAAAUCGACGAGUGUCAGUCAAGCUCAUGUUCCAGUAUGUACGACUGCGAGGACCUGGUCAAUGGCUACCAGUGCAACAUCAACAUCCCCAAACUGCUGGCUGUCAUCGUCUGUCCUCUCAUUGCCCUCAUUGUCCUCGUGUACGUUAUUGUGAAGCUGCGAGACAUCAAGUUGUCUAGAAGCAGCAUUCGUCGAAUUUUCGUCCGUGGAGCCAGACAAAAAUACGUGUAAGAAAUCACUUGUGUAUGUUCGUUGUGGUAUACUGGCUAUUCUUUAACACAAUUAUGUUCUAUAAUAUAAAUGUUUAUUUACACUUAUAUGUCGUUAUUUAUUCUGGGCUAAGUGUGAGGUACUGCAUUCUGAUAUAAACCAGAUGUGUUUUGCAUCAGCUGAUCCAAGGCGGGUGAACCGGUGAAUUGUAUUCAUUUAAGUGUUAUGAGCCUGGUUGUCAUAUUUGGGAUGUUAAUUGUUUAUUAACCCGUUUCAGUGAUUAAUUAUGAGCUUCUGUAGGAGCUUUGGCAUGCUGUUAAACUAGUUUGAACCUCAAUGCCGGUAGUUUGAAUUGACCGUUUCCAGUUGCCGACCCAAGUUUAAAUUAAUUUUCAGCUUGACAUUUCGAAGAAAAUUAUGAACAAACUACUCUAAUCGCCGAGGCGCAAUUUUACUAUUGAAUGGAUAAGGAGCAUUGUUCACACCCUGCUCACUUGGCCUCAUUUUG